GAUGGCAUUGAGAAGAGCGGUACAAUUCAUCUUUAUUCUUGUGGUGAUACGCCUGAGUGUGCAGGUUCAGGAAAACAAUGAGUCUGUAACUGACUUCUUUGAGCCAAUGUUGGGUACAAAUACAUCCAGAGAAAAAAGUGCAGGACCUUUUACUGUACUUCCUCCUCCAAAUUCCAACGAUUAUGAGCUCCUAGUUGUUCUGAACAUCUCUGAGGUGGAAACUCUCCAAACUCUCCUGAACUUGAUGUGGUUUCCUUUCCCGUAUGGAAGUGCGGUGUUCACCAGCAUUGACACCACAACAGUGUGCGCAUUAAACGUGACAAGCUACCAGUGCACAUGUGAGGAGAGCUUUGCCUGGUCUUAUAACAGCUGCAUUAAACACGGAGCCUGUGAUGCCAUCACGGGGAACACAUGCGGAUGCAUUAAUGAUCUCCCUGCAGAUGACCAGUACUGCCGGUCAACCACCAAUCACUCAGAGCCAACGCACGUCGAAGCCGUCCUGGAGUUCCAUAUCCCAGUGUCCAGUGCACCACCGAAUGUGUUUGAUCAUAUCAGAUUCACACUGGGAAGUGUCUACUUCCCUCUACACAUCACAAGAGAUUUAGAAAUAAUAGACGCAAACUUCACCACAGGGUGCUUUCCAAACUCAUCCAGAGGACUUCAGUGUCAGUGUGAGGAUCAGUUUGCUUGGUCAUGUGACAAGUGCGGCCUCUACGGUACAUGCAGCAAUACGAACGGACGAAGCUGCAGGUGCAUUAACGGACUUCCCCCAAACGAAGAGUACUGUGAACCCAUCUCAACUGUCGCUCAGUGUCGAAGUCCUGAGACGAGGACCUUCUCAUUCUCCAUCAAUAUGCCCUUUGACCCUGCCUACAACAACAAAGAUAGUCAAGUUUACAAAGAUGUUGAUAGUGCGAUUCAAGCCCAGUGUGCUAAGCACAUUCCAACUUUGAUCGCAGCAAGACUAAAUCGUUUUCGGAGAGGAAGUACUAUCGCUACCUAUACGGUCACUGCAGCUUCUCUGAAAAAUGCCCAAAUCGAAGCAGUAAAAGUGGGGAUGUUCAAGCAGCUUUCACCCAAGUACCCUAUAACAUUUGAUAGCUCGACAUUGUUAAAGUUUGAUCCGCCUGAGGUGUUUUCUGGGAGAAGCAUGACUGUGACAUGUGGUCCACCACCAAGGGCUAUCAGUUUUGGAACCAACUGGACAGCAGAGUGGACACUCAAUGGUGCACUCGUACUUGAAGACACGCUGCACAUCUUCUCAAGUCAAGGGGGAGCAGCAAUCCUAACCAUACCAUCAUUUUUUAGUGCUGAUGAUGGAAGUUAUGACUGCAAACUGACACGGAUCAACGGUUCAGUUUUCCGGCAGAGUGGAACCUUAUUUUCCAAAGAAAUACCCUCCCUCAGAGUGAGUCCAGUCAGAGAAACUGUGAAGUGUGAAGUUGGGACUGUGCGACUGGAGUGCUCCGUCAACAGUCCUUACACUGUUCAGUUUCUGAACUUUCCUGCUGCAGGCACAGGUAACACAGUUAGCUUCCAGUUUACAAUCCCCAGUGACUGUACAACAGGAGAGAGGAAGUUCACCUGCCAAUCACAGACCAACCCAGUAUUUGGAAAGGAAAUAGCAAUACAGUUCACCUCAGGGGACAUCAUAUGUGUUGAUGCUGAGUUUGGUAAUGGAACGUUGGAUUACCGAGCCAUAGCACCCUGCAGUCCAGACAAGGAAGGACAAAGGACGGCAGUCUGUAAGGAAAAUGGGAAAUUUGAAGAUAUAGAAGACAGCUGUGUCCUGCGGCCCAUUCUGACCCUGUUCAACGAAUCUCAGCUUUUGAACGAAAAUAAUCUGGCCAAAUUCCUGGACAAACUCAGCAACACAACACGUAGCUUAACAGAGGAAGUGGUUGUGUCUCCCCCCACCAUGGGAGUCCUUUCUGAGAUAUUUGACAAUGUCGCAAAUGCAUCAUCAUCUUUACAAAUCUCAAUAAACAGAACUUCAAUGGAGGACGUCUUGUUGACUGCAGAUGUUCUCACCAUAGAUAGCGCAAAAGCAUCAUGGGACUUUCUAAAUGCAAAUGACACUAGAAACACCUCUGCAGAAAAUAGGAAAAGCGUCAGUUCAUUAUUAUUGCAAUCUCUGGAGACGAUAACAAGUGGGCUUACCAAUGACACGUUUGAGAUUAGCACUCCCUCCAUUCUUUUGAACAGAACUACAUUCACAAACAAUUUUAAUGCUGACUUUAAUUCCUCUGUGGAAGUAGACAUACCUCAGACUGACGGAGGAAACAAGUCAAUCACAGUGAUAACAUUUUCCUCCAUGGAUAACGUGCUUCCUGCAAGAGAUCAAGCCAAUUCAUCGACCAACGCUAUCAAUGGAAGGGUGGUGCUUAUUCAGUCUAGUGGUGAAAUCAAUAACCUCUCAUUAACAUUUGAUAUUCUCAACGAUACUCUGGGGGAUCCAAAGUGUGUUUUCUGGAACUUCUCCCUCUUUGAAGGCCUUGGAGGAUGGGAUGACGAAGGCUGCAUCUUGGUAUUCAAUGAAAAUGAAACCGUCAGCUGCAACUGCAACCAUCUCACCUCGUUCUCCAUCCUUAUGUCACCUUUCGCUCCAAAUAACCCGAUAUUGGACUACAUAACCUACAUCGGUGUUGGCCUGUCAAUGGCUUCGUUGGUCAUAUGUCUUAUCAUUGAGGGUAUCAUAUGGAGAAAAAUAGGAAAGAAUGACACAUCUCACUUGCGUCAUGUUUCCAUCGUGAACAUCGCCAUUUCUCUCCUGAUUGCAAACAUCUGGUUCAUCAUUGGGGCGGCCAUUGCAGAUGCAGAUCAGAAAAACCCACCAGCAUGCACUGCAGCUACCUUUUUUAUCCAUUUUUUCUAUCUGGCUCUGUUCUUCUGGAUGUUAGCCUCAGGUCUGCUGCUGCUCUAUCGCAUGCUCAGUGUGUUUGGUGGGGGGUUGUCUAAAGCGGCCAUGUUGGCUAUCGGAUUCUGUCUGGGAUAUGGUGCACCACUCAUCAUCGCAGUAAUAACCAUCGCUGUAACUGCACCCGCAAAGGAAUACAUCAGAGCAAAUACUGUCUGCUGGCUUAACUGGGACGAGUCCAAAGCCCUGCUGGCAUUUGUGAUCCCUGCCCUGGUAAUAGUGGUUAUAAACCUCAUAAUCCUGCUGGUGGUGAUAUACAAAAUGUUGAGGAGCAGAGUUCGGGCAAGUGCUACACAGCCAGGUGAGAGACAUGUGCUGAUGGUCAUCGCCCGGAGUUUGGCUGUACUCACACCAAUUUUUGGAUUAACUUGGGGAUUGGGAGUUGGAACGAUGACUGACCCAAAUAAUGAAGGAAUCCAUAUUGCAUUUGCAUUCUUCAAUUCACUGCAGGGUUUCUUCAUUUUGGUUUUUGGAACACUGCUGGACAAAAAGGCAAUGUCGGAAUUGAAAGCAUCUCAGACUUCUACAAGUGGAGCAAAGGUGGAUACAACAUUUCCUCAAAUCUAUCCCAGCAGUCGGAAUCUUCAUAAACUGUGCAGCCAGCUCUGGUUCUUUGACAAGACCAAAACCACCAAACUGUAUCUCUCUUUACAUUUGUUUUAUCAUUGUCACCCAGCCAGUGUUGGUAUAUGGAGAUCAUGUGACAUAGGCUGGAAAAUAUGGCAGAGGGAGGAGCUAUAGUAUUGUAUAAGGGAGACUGGAGUAGCAGAGAAGUAUGUUAGAGUGGUGAUGUGUGAGAUGGUGAGAUGUGAUGUAGGUGUGACAGAGAGGUUCAAGGUGGAGGUGGGAAUGCAACAAGGAUUGUUUGCUGUGGGGAUGGACAGGCUGACAGAUGAGGUCAGAAAGGAAUCUCUAUAGAUUAUAAAGUUUACAGUUGGCAUUGUGAUCUGUAGUGAGAGGAGGGAGCAGGUAAUGAAAAUCUAGAGAGGUAUGAAGAAAUAAAACUUAGCCGCUGCAAGACAGAAUAAAUGUGUGUAUGAAUGAAAGUGAACAGUGAGCCAACAGGAAGCAGAGAAAACAGAAGGUGGAGGAUUAUAAGUACUUUGGAUAAAAUGGAGAGUGGGAAGAAGGGGUAAAGAAGCAUGUACAAGCUGGUUGAGGUGGGCGGAGAAAAGUGUCAUGGAUGUUGUGUGACAAAAGUGCAUCAGUAAGAAUGAAAGGAAAGGUCCAAAAGACAAUGGUGAGACCCACAAUAAUGUAUGGUCGGUCAAUCCAUCGUUUUUUUCGUGUACUUUCCAACUGCUUCAAAUUUAUAAACACGCAAGAGUGCUGAACGUAAUUUAGAUAUCACGAUCAGCACAAACCCCCCGUCAGGAGGUUCCUGUUGGCCAACCUGAGUACCUUUCCUACUCCAGGGCCUUUUCUUCCCCCGUAAAGGUUCCUGAAGGCCAAUUUUACAGGGCCAUUUCUGGUAAUGGGGACACGCACAAACAGCAUGGCCCCGAAAAACCUACCUGGAACUCCCGCUAGUGGAAAUGUACCUAAUUUCACAUUCUUUCUAACUUAUUUUGGGAAACUGCGCUCAACUGAAUGUAGUUCUUCAAACAUAAAAUCAAUAGAUUUUGUCUCCUCAAUAGUUUCACAGAUAUCUGUGACUAUGAUAAAGUAUCACUGGUGGGCAUUUCCUGGUCCUCGAGGGUCCAAUGCCAUGCAUGUUUUAGAUGUGUCCCGAUCUUUAAUUGGAAACAGGUGUGUUGAAGCAGGGACACAUUUAAAAACGUGCAGGACACAGCCCUGUAGGACCAGUAAUUACAGUUUAAGGCCCCGUUUACACGUAGACAAAACGGUGGUGUUUUGAAGCGCUUUGGCCGUUCGUUUACACGAAAACGAAGCUCAAAGUCACCAAAAACGAUAAUUUCUGAAAACUCCGGCCAAAGUGGAGAUUUGCAAAAACUCUGUCUUCACGUUUGCUUGUAAACAGAGGGAAACUGACAUUUAGGCUUCAGAACGUCACAUUAUUGCAAACUGGCUGUUAUCUUUAGUUACUUUGUUAAUCAAAUGAGUUAGACAGAUUGUGACUUCUCAGUUGACUUAUUUACUCAAGGAGUGCCAUCAAUGACAAAUUGAUCCAGACAGUCGUAUCAGUUAAAUUUAAAUCAGACAUAUAUUGGAGAAUCUAGGUGUUUUAUUAUUAUUAUUAUUAUUAUUAUUAUUAUUAUUAUUAUUAUUAUUAUUAUUAUUAUUAUUAUUAUUAUUAUUAUUAUUAUUAUUAUUAUUAAUAAACAGAACAGAAGAGAGAGUUUAUUUUUACUCUUCGGCAAAUUUUGUUUCCUCUCUGUAUGUAAAUGAAUUACAUAACUUUCUACGUCUCUCCAGGAGCUCUUGGCUAUGGUGAUUUUGCAUAUUCAAAAGAAAACAUGUAUGGAGCUAGAACAGUCUCAUAAUUCACAAAUGCACACGCCGAUCCACAAAUGCACAGGACAAUAUUCACAAAUGCACAGAACAAUUCACACGUGCGUAGGACAGGAUAUACAAAUGUAUUUUUGAUGCACACACAAAUAUAACCUGAUUUACAAACGUUUUUUUGUCUGUGAGCUGCGCUGGAUUUGCGUGUGACUUUUGAGACUCUCCUGACGUGACUCAAUCCACAAAUACGUUUUUUUUUAACACGGAAGGAUCUGCAACCAAUCAGAUGUCUUCCUUUGUUUCAGCCGAUCAUAAGAGCGCACCCCACGUGAGGGACGAUUUACUCGUAAACCAAUCAGAUUAAAGGGGCGGAUACACCUGCUGUUUGAACUGCGUUCACGUCGUUCGCUUAGAAAAGUGAUUCAAUAUUUUGAGUUGGUGGAGUGAAGAUAAAUAAAUAAGACAGCAACACAGGAUGGAGAGGAGAUCACUGCUCUGCUUUUCUUGUGAUCUCGUAAAGAAAACUGCGUUAUCGGAGAUGGUUUGUCAGGCCGUUCAACCAGAGCCGUCGGGAGACUGGAGAGCUCUUAGUCCUGCCGAUGCAGGUAAUUGAUGAUGAGAAACAGGGGCAGCGAGAAAAGGCUUUUAUUUAGUAAGUGUCCAUCUUAGUUGAGUUGAAAUUUAUGAACAAAAUAUGUGUAAUUCUUUUUGAAUGUGAUAUAUCUGUGCUUUCAUUUAUUUAAGGAUUUUGUAAUUGUAUGAAUUGGUUUUAUUUUGUGGCAUAUACUGCCGUCUGGCUUGAAACUGUAAAUCAGUGCUGAUGUCAGCUGUAUACAUGUUGCUUAUGUAAUGGAAAGCUUAUCAGUGAUUUUAAUUAAAGUUAAUUUACAGUUUUUCUGUCACAUUAC